AUGUCGCCCGCACUGGGCGUUCGGGGGCGUGGCACCCUCUGGGCGGCGCUCCUGCUGGCCACCACUGCAUUCUGCGGUGCUGCCUGGGGGGCGCCUACACUGGGUGGUGCAGCGGAAGCGGCGGUGGUGGGGCAGAAGCAGUCGCACCACCAUUACCACCAUUUGGAAAUCGGAGUGCUGGGCAAUACGCCUACGCUGAUGGAGGCGAGCACCGCCAGAGGUGGGAAGCAUGGAACAGUGGCCACCACUCAGGCACCACCAAACCACAGCACCACCGCCACCAGCACUACCACCGCUACCGAGAUGGCAAGAGCCACAGAUAAACUAGAAGUGGCCAAGGAAGUGCCAAGCGCUGAGGCAGAAGCAUCUGCAUUCAGAAGCACCACUGAAGGUAGCACCACUGAAAAAAUCGGCACCACAGAGAUCAGCAGCACCACUGAGAAACCAACUGCGACCAAUGAAACACUCAUAGGCACUACCACAGAGAGACCCACAACAACAGUAGCAGCAGCACCACCAAGCAAGGAAAGUAAUAAAGAAGAUUUGCAAGUGGUGCGGCUAUUAGACUUAGAGCACACUGUGGCACCACCGCUGGACAGUGGUCACGAUGGCCUCAAGCUGACCAGGAAGAAGCAGCUUCUGGAGCAACACUUUCCCACCACCACGGUGGCCACCACCACCAUUGAAACGGAAAUGGAACGAAUACCCAUAACCAGCAGCAGCACCACCACCACAGUUUUAAGCAGCAGCACCACCAGCGCACCACCCCUCCCGUUUGCGUUCCCGACGCUGCGACCCUCCAAUCUUGCCUUCCUGGAAGCGAUAUUUUCCAGGGCGCCACCUUUACCCAGUGACUUUCCGGGAAUAAAAACUACCACGACACCACCAACGCCAUCCACGUUACCGCCGCCGCACCAUGGCUACCUGGGACCGAUAUUUAUGGGUGAGAGAACCAUCGGAGUGGUGCAUCCCCUGAAGAAACCACAGCCAUCGAGCCACCAGCACGUGGCUUCGAUUGAGAGCCAGUUGCGGAAUGGCCGCUUGGUGGAGAUUCUGGCGCCCACGGCGCUGCUCGAGCAGCUUCCCGAGCCCAGCACCACCCAUGCACCAGCACCGCUAGGAGCUGCCUCGGUGCUGUCCACCACCGUUUUUCAGGUGCCCGAUCUUCAGACCAGCACCACCCGUCUGCCCGCAAGCAACAGUAACAACAAUAAUGUCGCUGGUGGCGCCGAGGUGGUUGCACCACCGCGCACCGAGUCCAAGAUCUCGGACAUCCAGAUCGAGGUGUACGACUCCACGGUGGAUUCGAUAGUGGCCUCGACGAAUUUCCGCGACAGCGACGGCUUCUAUGCACCACCGCAGAGCCCUGUGGAAACUGGCACCACCAAGCCGCCGCAUGAGAUUGCCUUGCCGCAGGAGCGGUUCACCCAGUAUGUCAUCGAUCGGGCGGAUGUGUCCACCCAACCGGCAUCGGGUGGUGCCGGUGGUUCUGGUUCUGGUUCUGGCGCAGCGGUUGGCAAGCCAGAGCCGGCGGCCAUCGAAAUCCACAUAAAUGUGUCCGAGGCAUUCGGCAGCGAGAGCGAGGAUCUGGAGUUCUCCUACCGGCAGCCCUCGCUGGUGGCCGAUAAGUCGGGCAAGUCCGGCGAUGAGAUUUUGGUAGUUGAGAUCAUUGACAGCGGCGCCGACAAUAGCAGCUCGGAGUCGGGCGGCUCAUCCGCCUCAGCGAGCGGGGAGCACAUCAAUCCGAUCUUCACCUUCCGCAACUCGGAUGCGGCGGCAGCACCACCGCCCCCUGUUCGCCCGCCGCAGUCCGUUCAGGAUGCCGACGAGCUGUUCAUGGCCGACCUGAAGGACGGCGGCGGUGGUGCAGUGCCACGCCCGCCGCCUCCACCUCCGCCACCACCACCGCGCAAGCCCAGCAUCGAUCGCGAUUCGGACACGAUCUUUUACAUAUCCAACACGGAAGUCAAGGUGGGUGAAUCGCUGCCGACGGUGAUGCCAGCGGGUGAGCAGCAGCGCAAGUUCCUGCUGGAGAACCAGUUCUUCCCCGCCAGCUACGUGAUGGAUUCACAGCAGCAGCAGCAACAGCUGCAGUCCCAGCAGGCAGAUGAGGACAUCAUCCUAUCACCACUGCACCACAAUGCGGAUGGAUUGAAGAUCUUCCGCAGCUCCUCGUCGAGCAGCGGCGAUGGAGCACCGCCACUAGACGUGACCUAUGUGGGUGAGUCGGUCAUCGAGGUGGAGCAACAGACGCAGGGUUGGAGCAGCACGUCGCCACCGGGACAACAGCAGCAGCAGGACAUAAUCAUCCAGCCGGCAGUGCUGCCGGAUUUGGCUAUCGGUGUGCCCGUCAUCGGGGAACUUCCACCGCAGAUCGAGCUGAAGGAGAUCGACUACAUGCCAGGCGAGUUGGGAAUGGGUCAGAGCGGUAUCGGCAUCUACGAGAACGACAUCCAGAGCAACAGCAUUGACAGCGAACCGGAUGUGAUCGAGAGCUCCAUUCAGUACGGUGGCGAUCUAAUCGACGAUGGAGCAGGCGGUGGCUUCGAUGGCGUUGAGGGCUCCUAUCCCUUCGAAAGCCCCGCGCACCGCCAGCAGCAAGUGGGUGUGGCCCAUGGACUGAGCCACCAGCCCCACCGCCAGUCCGCCAACCACUUGCACCGCGAACAGCUCCCUGUGGCCGAAAUGGUCAAUGCCACGCUCCUCCAGCGAUAUGAUAGUGGAUCUGGAUCGGGAUCGGGAUCGGGAUCGGGGUCUGCCUCGGCAAUGGCUCCUUUGCUCGCAAGUGGAAGUAGCCGUUCUGGAAAUGCCACAGCUCUCUCGGAGGAUCCACUGGCUGACUACGAUGGAUUCUUCAAUCUUUUUGCUGUUUCCAUGGGCCUCAUCAUUGUCAUCCUGCCCUCAGCUCUUCUGGUAUCCAUGUACUGCGCUAUAAAGUAUGUGCUGAGCAAGAACUCAGGAGCGGGCACGGGUGGCGCCCAAGGCGAUGACAGCGAGCAGGGCCAGGACUCCAAGCACGAGUCGUCAUUCUCGUCAUUCUCGUCAUCUGGCUCGGCCGCCGCUGCAACCAUCCCGCAACCAUGUCCACGCCCAGUGCCACCGCACCACCCAACGCCCACUCCGAGGCCCUCGAGCGGCGUCAGUCAAGGCCAUUUACUGACGCCUGGUCUGGAGUGCCUCGAGUUUCGAUUCGAAGGAGGCGGGGUGGGCCAGGUGGGCGAGGUGGUCCUGGGUCUGGAGGCGAUUGCUGAUGGUGACGGUGAUGGUAAGGGUAAUGCCUCCUCUAUUGGCGGCGCAAGUGGUGGCAUUGGCGGUGGCGGCUUGGCUCCCUGUGGCUCCGUCACCAAGAUGACGCUCAAAGAUAAUCAUCUGAUUGUUGUCACCGAGGAGCGGCACGACAUUUCACGAAAUGCCCGAGAGACGAAAAUGCAUACAGACAAGGACGGUGUCUUCGUGGUGGAGGUGGCCCGUGGCAUCGACUCCAAGCAACUGACAGGCGAUCUUUCCGGCGUAACCUUGGACGCCACCGAACUGCCCUUCGACAACAAACUGGCCCCGAACGGGGGGCACUUGCUGGAAAAGACUCUGCCGCCCAGCCGCGAACAGGUGCAGAUCCAUGCACCACCCCAGGAUUUCGCCAAUGGCCAUCCUGCUCCACUGCAUCUCAUCGAGGAGGCGGAGGAGCACGUCGCCGAGGAUCUAGGUCAGCAGGCAGUCGAAACCAACUCUAAUUUGGCACGCACUGGACUCUCGCAAUCGGAUCUCAGCUCGACUUCGUCCAGUGACUCCAACAAGCGGUACUCGUACGGCAACCAGGAGCUAUAUGUCAUCGAACAGCCGGGCUAUGCCACCAGCUCACCCACAGCAAAGCCCAUAUUGAUAAGUCCAAAUCAAAAUGCAGGCCAGGAUCUGGAGCAGAAGUCACAGUUAGCCACCAGUGCUGAACAAACCGAAAUCGAUUCAAGCCAAGGAUCUAAAAAGUCAGAUGAAGAAGUUGCAAGGCCAGCAGAGGCGAUGAAAGAGGUUCUUUCAGAAAAGGAGUUGGCCAAUCCUGCCCAGAAAGAGGUAGAUACCCUACCUGAACAUGAGGGCAAGACCUCUCCCAAAGACGCGGUAGAUGAAAAACCAGAAGAGUCAGUUGCUCCGGAAAAGGUGAAAGAGGUUCAACCCAAAGAGCCGAAAGUGGUUUCACGCAAUGAGGAAGAGGUUCCACCAAAAGAAGAUAUGCCUCCACCAACUGUUGAAGUCUCUCCACCAAAGGAAGAGCAAGUUGCGAUUGCGAAUGAGGAGGAUGAGCAGAAAGAGCAGGAUCAGGAGGAGAAACCAGACAACCAAGCCAAAGUCCAAGCCGAGUCAAAACCAGUUCCCACUGAAAAGGAGGCAGAGUUACCCGGUGAAUCACCGAAACCAGAGGAGACAGUGGAAGUCCAAAGCGAGCCGGAGGCCGAGAGCAACUACGACAGUCUGAUGAGCCUGCCGGCGCCACCAUCCACUGAGGAGAUCAAGGAGCUGGGCGACUACGCCCUCAUGGAGUCCAACCAGUUGGACAGCCUGCCACCACCACCACCGCCGCUCCAGGAUGUUCCCAGUACUCCGCCUGCGAGCGGGAGGCCCGCUACCAUCAAUGUCAGCAAUGGGAAUGGGAUUGGCAAGGUCACGGUGGUGACCACCGGCGCCGGAGGAGUUGGUGGUGGGGCCGAGGAGCCCUCCACCCUGACACCACCCGCCUCGCCGCCCGCCACUCCUCCGCCAUCGCAGACAUCGACGCAGUACGCCAGCAAUGGACUCUCCAAUGGCAUCCAUGCCCUGGCCGUGGUCGAUGUGAAUGGCAGUUAAGAAAGGCCAGGUGAGAUGGUCACAUAAGUAUAUAUGUUUUUUUUUCAUCAGAUCUCGUAGAGAUCAGCCGUGGUGGCGAUAUUAGCUAUACCACGAAGAGAAGGAUAGCUCGUAAGGAUUACUAGGAGUACUGAAAACCCAAAUAGGGAAAACAUGAAAUGUGGCAAAAACGUUCUCAACCAAAAACUUAAAUUUAAAUAUACACGUACACUUAAUAGAGAGAAACUUUUUCCACUUACUGUUUGUUGAUUUUCGAAUAUAACGAAUAAUAACAAUUAAAUGCGAUUAAUAUAAAAUAUAAAUAUAAAUCAGAAUUAAUUGUUUGUCUAUUUGCGGCUGGCGGCCUCUCCCCCCACCUACCAUCCACCCACAACCACCCACUCGACCCACUUCCCACUCCAUUUCGGGGGGUCGGUGCGGAUAACGAGUAUUUCAAUGUCUAUAAAUCUACAAUAAAGCUAACAAAAAAUACAAAAAUAACAA